GUCGCGGGACCCGCGGCGAGGGCCACGCGUCCUGUGGGCUGGGUGUCCGCGGCGGCCAUGAGGCGGAGAGGCCCGGAGGAGGAGGCCUGCGGCGUGUGGCUGGACGCGGCAGCCCUGAAGAGGCGGAAAGUGCAGACACACGUAAUGAAGCCAAACACCAAAAUGCUAACCCUUUUUCCUGGAGAAAAAAAGGCGAAGAUUUCCUUUACUCAAAGAAUUCCACCUACAGGCAUUCGGCAGACCAGCAUCGCUUCCUUCUUCACCUUGCAGCCAGGAAGGACAAUUGGUGGUGACCAGAGGAAUGUUUCAUCUCCUAUAGAAAGUCAGACCAACAAAGAGUCUAAGAAUGAUGUAACCCAGCUAGACCAUUUGAUCCAGGGCUUAGGGGAUGAUUGCAUGGCACCCCCAUUAGCCACUUCAACCCCUGCAGACACCCAGGAAGCCGGACUUUCUCCACAGCCCCUCCAGGAUUCUGGCCACCACAGGAUGGGAACACCAUUUUUGACUGUGCUGUCUUUGCUCCAGCCUGACACCUUAGUCUGUGCUGGAAAGAGUAAAGCCUCUCCAUCUUGUUCCUUCACCAAGAACUUGGAAGGUUCUCGCUCACUGGACAAAAAGGAGGAAGAGAAAGACUCUUCCUGGAAAAGGGAAUGGCUUCAUGGAUCUAAGAAAAAGAACUAUCAGGGUGUGGAGAGACCCAUUAAACCACCUCGGGGCAAGGGCCAUGAGCCCUUGGACAAGACUCCAUUAGAAAAGGUGUCUGCAAAAGAAACCAGACAGACCCCGAUCCUCCUUCAAACAUACAGGGAUUCCUGGAAUGGGGAAAACACACACUCAGUGAAACAAAGCCCUUGUCCUAUCCCUGUAUUUUCUUGGGACAGUGAAAAGAAUGACAAGGACUCUUGGAGUCAGCUUUUUACUGAGGAUUCUCAGGGCCAGCGAGUCAUUGCCCACAACUCUAGAGCUCCUUUCCAAGAUGUAACCAACAACCAGAAUCGGGGCUUAGGACAGUUUUCUAGCAGCCGUUGGGCUCAGUGCCAGGAGAGGCCCACUCAGUUAAAUCUGCAGCCUGAUUUGCUCUUUACCCAGGACUCAGAAGGGUCUCACCUGAACACGCUGGGUGUUCUAGCGUAGAUGUUAUCCACUAGGUGGCAGUUUCCCAUGUUGCAGGUAUGCUACCUUAAGAGGCUUAAACAGCCCCUAGGGGGCAAGUGUGCAAGCUGUAAGAUGGAACUACUUUAAGAGUUUGGGUAAAAUCCCUACAGAAGGGGACAAGAGGCUCCCUACAGAAGUGUUUUUUUGUUUUUAUAUAGGCCGGACUUUAUAAGAAAAGAGGGGAAGCCUCUUUUUACGAAACUUCACAUACCUUAAAAUCAACAGGAAUCCUAUACCCAUGGGGGAUGCAAGGGGUCACAAGCCAGAGACAAAGAGCAGGUGCAGUAUCUCUCCAUAUCCUUCAUUUAAUGUCAGGUAGUGCUUCAACCCACACACACACAGGAUACAUACCGUAGAGAAAGGGACCCGAGGGCGUCUGAGUCAUGCAUGGUGUGGUAGGUACAAACCUUGGCCCAACGCAAAGGAGCAGUCAAGGGCCUGGAAGAAGGAUGGUACUCUUCUCUCCUCCCCAUUUCUCUUUCCUACUAGGCUUAAACUAAAGUCCACGGAAGAGAAAGCAUUUUCAAUCGGUGGAACCCGUGAGGGCCCAGGGCCUGGGAGGGUAGAUCUGGUUGUAGAGUAUUACAAAAUAUAUUUAAGAAAAAAGCAGCCCAGGCUUCCCAGCAGCAGCCCAAGUGUCAGCUGGUCCAGAGGUGUGACCCUCUAUAUCUAGGUGUUGGACUGGGAAGGAGGAGAGG